GCAGCGCCCGCCCGCCCCGCAUUGUUGCCUCGCCGCCUGUUUGCUGCGCGCACCUGUCCCCACCCACCCGGGCGGGGCGCCCCGCGACGCGAGCGAGCGCACCUCCCUUGGCGGAGUCCCGCGGACGCCCCGUCCCGGCUGCGCGGCGAGAGCGAUCGAGCAACCGAGCGGCAUUGGAGCCACCAGACAUUCGUAUCCAGCCACCUCCUUCUUCCUUCUCGAUCCUGUGCAGAGAUGCCCCAGAGUCUUCUUGUGUGAACGGUUUCUCAUCUCUCCGCGCCGCUUGACGAGAGAAACACCCCCCCCCCCGUUUCAAGGAGCGCGCUGUCCCCCUUUUUGGGUGGGAUGCCAAGGAGCGUGAUGUCGGAUUACUUGGGAAUGGUCUGCGAGAUCCCUCCCCAGUGUCAGUUCGGUAGCUUUGAAAAAAAGCAUCGCCUGGAGAGCGGAAAGUGUCGCCCAAGGAGAAGAUGUUCCACACUGGACGAUGAUGAGACCCUGAAAUACCUCACUCACGAGGAAAAAGACGUCCUCCUCUUCUUUGAAGAAACCAUCGAUGCCUUAGAAGAUGACUUGGAGGAACAAGCUCUCCAUGACAGUGGCAUCCACUGCCACUCUCCGAGGUCAAUGGAAGAAAACAUGUCCAGCCAGUUGGAGUCUGAAGACAUCAUAGAUCUGGUCCAAUCAGUGCUGGAAAGCAGCAUUCAGGACUGUGAUCCUAGCGGAAACAUGGAACCAGCCCCAGAGGAGGCUGGGAAACUGGAUACACUGAAGCCAAAAUAUAACGUUGAGGACACCUGCGCUGAGGCUGCCAUCCCUCUCCCUGUGUUGCCAUCAGCUCCACCACUGCCCAUCUACGAGGUGUUUCCUGCCGCGCCCGCAGUUCAGCACCCAAAACUCGUCCGCUGUAUCCCAACCCCUCUCGUCAUCGCUCAGAAAAUAUCCGAGAAGCAGGCAGAGGGCACCCCCUUCUCUCCCGCCUCUCCAAAGGAAGGGAGGCCUACGGAGGGGAGGACCACGCCCUCGUCUUCCCCGCUGCGCAACAGAGAGCGUUUCUCCGCCUUCAAGCAAGCUCUGCCGCCCCCAACCGCCCCCAAGCCCCAAAGGUUCCCCAGCAACAUCAGCAUCACCAACGUUGGUGAGAGGGAGUUCAGCAAAACUAUCUCCCGGGCUGCCGUCAACGUGCAAGAGCGCAAAGCCAGGGUGUUGGCCAACGUCAACGGCUUGCCCUACUUCAUAAGCGAGCUGGAAGAGAGACUUCAGAAGCACGACUUGUCAGGACAGAGCAGAAGCUCAUCCUUGCGGGAUUUGCCGUCGGAGCAAGCGAGACACGAGGCCCUGAGCAGGCUUAGCGUGGUGGACAGAAAUCUUGGACCAGCCCCGCUGGAUCAGUCCUCAGAUCUUCCCGCGCCGACAGACAAAAGGCCAGAGCAGCCCUUGUCGAACGGCUACCGAAACAUCCACGACGUCUUGAGAAGGGAAACCAGCCACUUCCCCAGCGUGAGCAAAACGGUGACGGUCAAACCGGAUGCUGAUCUCCCCGAUGGCAAGCCCGUUCGGCAAAACACCGCCAAGAGCUUUUGCGACCACCGGUUGCCGGACCUCAGCCUGGAAAUGAGGAAGAGGUCUGGGUCUCUGCCCAGACCGUCUGGAUUGAGACCACAAGGCGUAACUGUACAGUUCUCUGGACGCGGGUCUACGGAAGAGGCUAGGAGAGAGGCGCUGCGGAAACUUGGGCUUCUCAAAGACUAGUUGAAAGACGGUUUCUGCGAUGGUGGGAGCAUCGCGCCCCCAGCGGACUCGGUUUCUGAAGAGAUCAAAUGGACUGUUCUCUUGCCCCUGCAGUCUAAGGAAAGAUUAAAUAUAUCAGAACGGGA